GUUGGUAAUCACCGCGGUCUUGGUCUUGCUAGUGUUCCGGAGCGUCUCCGUAUUGUCGAGGAGGAUCUCCGUACAGUCAAGGCCACGGUCGCCACCAGCGGGGAGCAGAUCGCCGAGCUGAAAGCUGAGGUUAGCGAGCUGAAGGAUCAUGUAUCCAUAUUGAAGCUUGCGGGGCCUGAUUAUAAAAGGGUUCGGAAUCGAUUUCUCUCCAUCUAUAAACGAGAUAUAAUGAAAGAGACCCUCAAGCCGUGGGACUGGAAUUUCAUUCAAGAGGGCAAUGUCGUGGCACAUUCGGGAGAUGCUGCCAUUGAUGCCAUGUUGUAUGAUGGCGCAGGGGGACGACAAGAUUGGUACGUAUUUGAGGAACUUUACGGACUACACCCCUCCGCGGUGCAGAAAAUCAGUAAGUCAUCUUCGCUACCUGAUCAACUUAAGUGCCAGCAUUAAAGCUAACCUCUCCAGCCCACAAGGAAACAAUCGAGAUAUUGAAUCGCCACGCCACGGUCAAAGCGAACGAUCAACCCGGGGCAGAUGAAUUCUACCGAAGAUUUGCCGUCUUCGUGGCGGCAUUCAGAAGGGAGGACCCCUGGUGCAACUAUUUACAGUACGGUCACCUAAAUCCAACCUGCGCCGCGUACUGGUCCCUACUCGAGCUUCAAAUAUGAUUAUCAAGGUAAUGUCACAACCAGAGGCAUUCCACAGACGAGAGACUAAUAAAUACUUUAGUGGAUCUACAAAGGAAGGAUGUGUAUUCUGCCGGUGGUGUGGUGGGGUGGUGGGUAAGCGGGGUGGUGGGUGUGUUGGAGAGGGGAGGGACUCCUUUGCUCUUUUAGUACUCUCUUUUCUCUUUCUUCGCUCUUUUCGCCCUUUUUGUUGCACGGGUUUUGUCGCGUCUAUCAGAGCAGUUUAGCUAGACUAUUUUAAUUCAAAAUUGUGUUCUUGCGUGUUCC